GGUUUGCGACACUUGCGUUUUACGUGACAGGAGCAACAACUAUUCGAGUCGAACAUGUCAAGCUGAGUCGUCUUCACUAUUUAUCAGAUGUUUGUGCAGGUUUGCUCCUACAGCAGUGACAGGAGAACCAGAGGAAAUGAACAGUUUACCUGUUGGGAUUGCAGACAUUGUGAAUCUUGGGGCCAGCUUUGCAAUCACAGGCGCCAUCUACUAUGUGUACAGGAGGAACCAGUCUGUAGUUGAAAAACUUGAUGACGCUCCACAUCUCACCAUCGAUGGGAGACUCAAAGACAUUUUGCAAAUAACUCCAGGAGCGCGUCUGCAGUAUGUUGUCCUCGAAGGUGCUGUGGAACCAGUAGUCAAGUCUCUGAAGAGUAAGUUUCAAAAAGAAGCGGUCGGCGUUUUGCAGAAGUACAUGGUGAAACAACAGAGGUUGCUGUGGAAUGGCUUCACAAGGAGCUGGUCAGACAAUGAACAAAUCUUACUCCAGAAUCUGAAUGCAGUGCCCUUCACAUUAGUGGGACCAGAUGAGACAGCAGUCAAUGUCCUGAGUCCUCAGCAGUCCUCUGGAGACCUUAUGGAGAUUAUCUACGAGAAGUUUCACCAGGCCAAUCUCAGCUUGAGUGACAUCGUAGGACAAUACCUCAGCGGGGAGAAAAUUAAAGGGCAACUGGAGACUGAGGAAAUGCUCAAAGUUGGUACAAUCCUUACAGGCGUAGGUGAACUGAUACUGGAGAAGGACGGAACCCUGAAUCUUCGACCGCCCACCAACAGUGCACCAUACUUCUUGAGUAUCAAGGACUUCAAUACCCUGCGACAAAACCGAGAGAAUGUGGCUUUUUGGUGGAAGGCGCUGGCCAUUGCCUCAGCUUUGGCCACGACCUUUGCCCUCUUCUGGGUCGGUCGAAGCUACUACAACAGCAUGAAAGUGCGGUGGCAGCGGGACCAGGCGAGAAGGGAUUUUGAGCGGCGGCUGUCUGAAGCCCCCAGAGUGACUGCGCCUGCAGCAGCUACUGAGGCCAACAAUGAAUUGGAGACUGUGUGCGUGAUUUGCCUCUCUCAGCCACGGAACUGCAUUCUGCUGGACUGUGGACACGUCUGCUGCUGCUUCACUUGCUACCAGGCUCUGCCACGACAGAAUUGCCCUAUUUGUAGACAGCGGAUCAGAAGAGUGGUGCCACUGUAUCUUGUCUGAGGCACCCGUGGGACCUCAGUGGAACUCAACCACUAUACAAAUAAUGCCAGCUUUAACCUCAAUGGUAUUAACUGUUGCACUUGCAGUUACUAAAGUUACAGCUUUUUGGCUGUUGAAGAGGACAGACAGGAUAUGUAGCAAGACAUAUUAAUGAAUGAAUGUACUGUUUACAUCUGAAUAAUUUAAAGCUAUGAGUUAAAUGUAAUUUAUGUACUAUGUAUGUAUAUGUGCAUCUGAAACGGUUACUGCAAUCUCAUUUUCAGAUUCUCCGAAACACAUAAAUAGAGAGAUGCACUGAUGUA